AAAAAAAUAAGGAAAAAUUCUUAUUUAUUCAUUCUUUUGACCGGUUAUUCUCUUAGCAACGAAGCCUUUUUCAUACAGGAUUGACCAGAAAUGACUGGCAGCUGUCAAUUAAGUGUUUACCUAACUCUUUUUGUCUUACCGCAUCGUGCAUUGUGAUUGGUUAAUCUAAAGCRAUAUCACUCGUCUUCACUUACAUUAAAAUUCACCGCGAUCAAAUUACUCCGACACUAAUGUAAUGCAAGACUAGUUCCUUGGAGAUCGGAGGAGACUUUUGUUUAGUGUUAAAAAUAUCCGAUUGGGAAAUCUUUUCUCUGAUUCAAAGUACUUAUUAGUAAAGCAAAAGGUACUCUAUAGAUUAUUCUCUAUGUAUUAGUUAAGUGGACUUUCCGAAGCUUGUUUUACGCGUAGAAAGCACUGUUUAGGAAUCUACAGACAACCAUGUCGGUACAACAGCAGCGUCGACCUCAGAUCGCGGCCAUGUUCCGCGGACCUGGACCAGCAAAAUACCUCCUUCCAGGCACGUGUGGGUACACAGCACACGAUCCAAGAAAGAACAAGAAACCAGCCUUCUCUUUUGGCUUGAAAGUGGGCAUUAAUACCAAAAACACUGGCCCUGGACCGGCCUACCUUGUGCCUUCAAGUAUGACACGACGCGGCAAGGAUGGAACACCAGCUUACACUUUACACGAUCGAACUUCGCUUAUUCAGUCAUUUCAGACUCCCGCACCGGACACAUAUGCACCAGAGAAACAGCACCCUCCAAACCAUGUCAAAGCUCCUCAGUACUCCUUUGGUCUUCGCACACCCUAUACAAGAAGGGAUCCUACCCCUGCUGCUAAUGCUUACAUGUUACCCACAAUACUUGGCCCUAAAGCAGUUGGUAAAAGAUCACUUCCUGCAUUCUCCAUGACCGGAAGGUCCAAGAUAGGUGGAUUCCAUGAGGACUUGCAAAGGACGCCUGGUCCAGGUACAUACAAAGUGUGCAAUCCAAAUACCUUCAAGUCAAGAAAACCAAUAUAUUCAAUCAAUGGACGAAACUAUGCUCCUGGUGACAGUACACUCAAACCAGGUCCAGGUGCUUACUCUCCAGAAAAGGUUUAUGUUGAUAAGAAGAGUGCACCUAGAUUCACAUUUGGUGUCAGACACUCAGAGUACAUCGCACCUCUUAUAACUGAUCCAGUGGAUUAAUAAACUAUGCUUCUUUAAGAUAACAAACAGUGCAGUAAAUGUCAUGAUAUAUAUUAUUUUUAAGAGUCAAAGUUUGUUUURGUUUUAAGGUAUUUUGUCGUUUGUCAUAAAUGUACACCUAUGUACUCUUCACUGUUUAGAUUUAAUUUGUGUUAUAGAGCAUUUUCAUGUGAUGUCACAACGGCCAUUAUGGGGUACCAAAACAAUACAUUUUCUAUCCUCCAGGAAUUGAACUUAUUUUUGAAAAUACUGACUGCAGAAAGUUUCUAUUGUUYAUGGCUGCCUUCUCACUUGAGUGAAAACGCUCUAUACUCUACCAUAUUCUUUUUCUGAGUGUAAAAAUAUAGGGUUCUUAGGAUACACUGAAUUGAGCUCAAUAUCAUUAUUAAGGGCACUCAAAAAAAAAASCUCUUGAAAAAUAUAAUUUGUACCUUCAGUCAUUUUACUGAUUAGCAUAUUGUUUGUCUUGAAAAAAUAUUUUUUUCAGAAGUGUUAGUAAUGAUGAUAAAAAAAAAWUGGUAACAGGACUGAGUAUCAUCUAAUUCAGUCUAGAUCUGUAAUAGGACUGCAUGCUGUCCAAUUAAGAAAUAAUUGGAUGAGGAAAAUUCCGAGGACUGACAAAAUUGAAUGAGUCCAAUUUGGAAGUCAGAGGAAUUUUUUGAGUCUAGUUAUUUCUUGAUUGGGGAGCAUGAAAUCCCAUUACCGAUUAAUUACUAGCUACCUAAUUCAUCCCAUAUCAACAGACCUGUCCAAUUAAGAAUUGGACAGUUACCUAUAUGGGAUUAAUGAGAAACUGUAUAAUUACAAAGUGAAUUGAACUCCACUCAGUCCUAUUACCGUUACAUAUACUAGACUUUUACAUUAUGAAUGAAAGCAUAUGAACUAUAAAUACAUGCAUGACCUUGAUCCUGAAUGCUUGUCAGUCACAUUGUUACUAUCAGGACAAUACUGUCAGUUAGUAAUUAAUAAGUGGUAUUUAUAAAAAUUUACUGUUGUUCUACUCUAACUGUGAACCCUCUAGUAAAUUUUAUUUUUAUUUUGUGUAAAGACACUUUUAUUUUUUCCUUUCUCUUUCAUCAUUUCAUCUCCUUGAACAGCUUUUAUAGACUUUCAGUACAUGCAACUCGAAUUCUAUUGUUUUCGACUAGUAAUCUGAUUGGUUGACAAACUUGAGUGUUCAUGGUUAGAAUACAACGACAUUAGUGAAUCAGCUGAGAUUGUAUGGUGGAAUCAGAGCAAUGGGCUAGCUCACCAUAUGCUGGGAAAAGCAUGCAUCUUAUAGUUGUGACAAAAAAUCAUACUAAAGAAAGUGAUAGAAAUACUACCUUAUUAUUUUACCCAGAAAUUAACACAAUAUCAUGGCUUAGCUAGCACACCAAGUUAGAGCAACAGGAUUACGAUAGUUGUAAAUUCAUGUAAACAUGUACAUUAACUUUGAUUGUUGCAAUAUUAUAAUCAUAUAUUUUUACGAUUCUAAACCAUUCUAACUGUAGCAUGAUUUGACCAUGUAAAUAAAGUACUGAUCAUAUUGAAAA